AUCUCUGCAUCAGUGUUCUUCGACCAUUGUCGCUACAGUGAAUUUUUUACUGCUUGUUCAUCCUGCAAGACAUGUUAGACAGUCUAUAACUCCUACCAAGUUGACAAGUGCGUCGUGGGCAACCACCGACCCUGAUGGUUGCAGCCCUUCUGUUGCGCGCCUCUCAUCCGGCGGCGCGGCCAAUUGCUUCACACCAGGGCCAAGCAGUGAUUAAUCGCUUGGGCAGCCAUGCUAGCCAGUGUACAAGGAAACUACAAUUCCCCCAUCUGCAAAAGUUUUCAAGCGCUGCAUUUUGCGGACAAGAGGCUUCGCUUGACCGGACAAGGAAUAUUGGUAUCAUUGCCCACAUCGAUGCAGGCAAAACCACUACCACAGAGCGCAUGCUCUACUACAGUGGCUUCACUAGAAGAAUUGGAGACGUAGAUGAGGGCUCCACGGUGACAGACUUUCUCCCCGCGGAGCGAGCGCGUGGAAUCACCAUUCAGUCUGCAGCUAUCACUUUCCAUUGGCCACCGCAAACAGCUGCUGAGGCGAGUCAGCCAGAUUCACAGGCCCCCCGCUCGGCUCACUCACACACGGUAAAUCUGAUUGAUACGCCCGGACACGCCGAUUUCACAUUCGAGGUCUUGCGGUCUUUGCGCAUUCUGGACGGCGCAGUGUGCAUCUUGGACGGUGUGGCCGGUGUUGAGGCUCAAACCGAGCAAGUCUGGCAUCAAGCCAGCACCUAUCGCAUUCCCAGAAUUGUCUACAUCAACAAAUUAGAUCGAGACGGAGCGGCAUUCGGCCGGACUGUGCGGGAAGUUGCAUCGCGGCUGGCAGGCUGGCCAGCUGUCUGUCAGAUUCCGUGGUUCGAAGGAGGGGACGGUCGUUUUGUGGGUGUUGCUGAUGUGAUCCAUCUUCAGGGCCUCCGGUGGGAGGAUGGCGACGGCAAAUCAGUGAAGAUGCUUAACCUGCAGCAGCUGGAGGCCGAGGAGAGUCGGCUGGCUCAGGAGCUCAAAAGGGCCCGGAUUGCUCUGGUCGAGUUGCUGAGCGAGUACGACGAGGAUAUGGUCGAGAAAUUUUUCGACUACGACGAGGAUCACCUUGCCGUCCCUGCCAACGGCAUUCUGCAAAGCUUGCGUCGGUGUUUGCUCGAGGAGCAGGGCAGAAAGAUCAUUCCCGUCUUCGCCGGUGCCAGUUUCCGCAAUGUAGGGGUACAACCUCUGCUCGACGCCGUGGUCAACCUCCUGCCCAGUCCCGUCGAGACUCCUGAUCCCGAGGUCAGCAUCGGCGGCGUCACCGGCGGUCUCCGGCGCCUACUGUCCGGCGACCUCAUUGUCGAACAAAAGGCAGUUGCCGCCUCGGCCAAGGGUCAGGCAAAGAAGAAGAAGGCAGUUGCGCAGGCCGAAUCUCAAAACGCCAUUGAGACUCUCCAAGGCUGUGCCCUAGCCUUUAAGGUGGUCAACGACGCCAAACGCGGGGUGCUGGUCUACGUGCGCGUCUACUCGGGCAGACUCGACCGGAGCUGCGCGCUCUACAACACCAACCUGAAGGUCACCGAGCGGGCUCCGCGUCUCCUGAAGAUGUACGCCAAUGACGCCGUGGAAGUCGACUCCAUCCCUGAAGGUCACAUCGGUGUCGUUGUGGGGCUCAAACAUGCCCGCACCGGCGACACGCUGGUCUCCUACGCCACCAACAGACCGACACCCCCUGAACCGCUCGACACUCUCCAGCUCCGCCCCAUCAAGGUUCCUCCCCCGGUCUUCUUCGCCAGCGUAGAGCCACACAGUCUCAGCGAGGAGAAGAAGCUCCACGAGUCCCUCGCCAUGCUCCUGCGUGAAGACCCCAGUCUCCAAGUCACGGUCGACGAGGAGAGCGGCCAGACGCUCCUCAGCGGAAUGGGCGAGCUGCAUCUCGAGAUCGCGCGGGACCGGCUCAUCAACGAACUCAAAGCCAAAGCCACAGUCGGCCGCAUCGAGAUCGGCUACCGCGAGUGCCCGGGCAGCAGCUCCGAACCAGUAACCAAGAUCUUCGACAAAGAAGUCGCCGGCCGCAAGGGCAAGGCCGGAUGCACAGCGUCCGUCUCCCCCUUCGACCCCGACACGGACGAGCCUCCCGUCACCGACCAGGACACCUUCCUCGUGGAGAACGAGAACGGCAACCAGAUCAUCAUCCAGGCACCCGGGCUGGAAAUCACGCGGAACCGCAAGGGCAUCGAGGAGAGCCCGAUCCUCCCCUCUGGCUUGGACAUCGCCACCCUGCGCACCUCGCUGCUCAACGGCUGCGCCGCCGCCCUGGCCCGCGGGCCCCAAUUCUCCUUCCCCAUGCACCACACGCGCGUCCACCUCACCCUCGACGCAACCUCCCACCUCUUCGGCACCGACAGCACCCCAUCCGCCGUCUCCUCAGCCGCCCGCCUCGCCACCACCACCGCCCUCCGCUCCCUGGUAUCCAGCGGCGGCAGCAGCAGCAGCAGCAGCAGCGGGACCUCCCUAAUGGAACCCGUCAUGAACGUGAUCAUCAGCAUCGACGAAGCCAGCCUCGGUGCGGUCGUGCACGACAUCUCCUCAGCCCGGGGCGGCCACAUCGUCUCCCUCGACGAGGACCUCCCGAUCACAUCCACCGACGCCUCGCCGACCUCGACCUCCACUUCCACCCCGACAACCCCCUACGAAGACCUGCCCACGAUCGACGCAAGCAAAGUCUACGCGCCCCCGGACCCCUUCGAAAGCCCCUCCAUCGCCCUCGGCGCCACCUCCCUCUCCGCCGCUGGCGCCUCCCUCCCGGACACCGCCAAUCGCCCGCGCACCAUCGCCGCCAAGGUGCCCCUCAAGGAGAUGGUGGGCUACCUGAAACACCUCCGCAGUCUGAGUGCCGGCCGCGGCACCUUCGUGAUGAGCGUCGAUCGGUUCGAGAAGAUGAGUGCCCCGCGCCAGAAGGCCGUGCUGGCCGAGAUGAGUGGUGGGUACUAA